AUUGUUUGGAGGAUAAGCAAACGUUUAAUUUUUCAGUUAGAUUAUAUCCGAAUUUAGGGUGUGCAUCCCUGAUCUUUUUGCCUAUUUCAAAGCAAAAAGAUACAAACUGUAUUGGAAAUAGAAUUCUGCUCUAAGCAUAUAGGUGAGCUUUUCAGAGAAGAAACAGAAAACAUCACGAAAGCACAAAAAGUUUUGAGGAAAAGAAAGAAAAGAUCCAAAGAAAAUGACAAACUCAGGAUCAAGUCCACUUAUUGUUUCCUUUGGAGAGAUGCUCAUAGACUUCGUGCCAGACACUUCUGGAGUUUCAUUGGCCGAGUCUUCGGGCUUUCUCAAAGCCCCUGGCGGUGCACCUGCAAACGUAGCCUGUGCCAUCACCAAGCUUGGUGGUCAAUCUGCUUUUAUCGGCAAGUUUGGAGAUGACGAGUUCGGACACAUGCUGGUGAACAUACUGAAAAAGAAUAAUGUGAAUGCUGAUGGGGUUUGCUUUGAUGAGCAUGCAAGAACUGCGUUGGCAUUCGUGACAUUGAAGAAGAACGGUGAGAGAGAAUUCAUGUUUUAUAGGAAUCCCAGUGCAGACAUGUUGCUCAAGGAUACAGAGCUCAACAUGGGUCUGAUCAAGAAGGCUAAGAUAUUCCACUAUGGCUCUAUCAGUCUCAUAACAGAGCCAUGUAGAUCGGCUCAUAUGGCAGCCAUGAAAGCUGCUAAGGAAGCUGGUGUUUUGCUCUCUUAUGAUCCCAAUGUCAGAUUGCCUCUCUGGCCUUCCGCUGAGGCUGCUAGAGAUGGGAUCAAGAGCAUCUGGAACCAUGCUGAUUUCAUCAAGGUGAGUGAUGAUGAAGUCCAAUUCCUGACAGAAAAAGAUGCACAAAAAGAUGAGGUGGUUAUGUCCCUGUGGCAUGACAAACUCAAACUGCUUGUUGUCACCGAUGGGGAGAAAGGUUGCAGAUAUUAUACCAAGAACUUCAAAGGAAGAGUGUCUGGGUUCUCUGUCAAGACUGUGGACACAACUGGUGCGGGGGAUGCUUUUGUGGGCUCCUUGCUUUAUUCCAUGGCCAAGGAUUUUUCUAUUUUUACUGAUGAAGCAAAAUUAAAGGAGGCUUUGUAUUUCGCUAAUGCAUGUGGAGCAAUCUGUACAACUCAGAAGGGAGCAAUUCCAGCUCUUCCAACCCAGUCUGAUGCUCAAGGACUCAUUUCCAAGUCCAAAACCAAAUAAGAUAUCUAAUUUUUUUUUUUCCCCUUUUGAGUAUAUGAUUUAUCCUUUAUUCUGUCGCCAGAAUUGUUUUCUUGUUUCUUCCAACCAUUGGGUUUUCGAAGCAUUGGUCAUUAUGUGGAUAAAUAAUUAAUUAAUAGUCUAGUCUUUGAUUCUAAAUCCACAUGUGUAAACUCUUGUUUACCAUUUCAGUUUGAUUUAUUCAAUGGUAAUAAGAAAUUUUAUCUCA